AUUCCUGUACAGGGGCGGACUGACAACUCAUGGGGCCCCGGGCAAUAGGGGACCAUGGGGCCCCUGUGUCCUUGCCCAAACUCAAAAAAGCCUAUGAAAAAGGUACCAGGGGCAUCUCAUGGGGCCCCCUACUGACCCCGGGCCCUCAGGCAGUACCCGAGUUUCCAAAUGGUCAGUCCGCCCCUGUUCCUAGAAGAGAGAAUGGAUGGAGGGUCAGCAUGCCUACAGGGAGGAACGGAAAAUGUUGAACUAGAUAGUGUGGGAUUUUCAGGGUAUACAUUUACAAUGAUAAACAGAUUUAAAAACCACAGUAAAUUUUAUUUUAUCUUACAAAAA